GCUUGCAGGACUGCACGCUCGCAGUUAACUCACUGGAACCGACCGCGAAAUUCUGUCCCCACUCCACUCGUUUGUGGAACCGCAUCCCCGUGGUUGUCUUCGGGAUUAUCCAGAUUGUCGUCGGAGUGACGCUGAUAAUGAACGACAUUAUCGGGUUCAUCGCAUUCCCAACCUACGGGAACCGGCGCCUGCGCUACGGAGCCGUGGCCUACACCCGCGUCGGCUCGGUGUUCUUUGCACUGGGAACGUUCUUCGUCCUCACAGGAAUCGUGGGCAUCAAGGCCGGUGACCGUCUGCCAGCGGACACUCCAACGUGCUCGCGACGCCGUAUCCUGAUAGUCUGCGCCGUGAUGAGCAUUCUGGGGACGGCGGGCGGGGCGCCGUUAAUCGCGCUGUCCCUCAUCAAUCUGGGACCAUGCGUCCAGUUCGGUCUGCAUAUGCUCAUGGUGGUGGCCAACCUGGGACAGGCCAUCGCGGCCGGGAUCAAUCUGUGCAAGAUGCCCAAGGCCUUGGAGGUGGUGCAGAUCGUCUUCCCGGCUCCGGGGACGUAUCCCGGAGCGCAGGCUCUCGUUUGCAAUCAGGAGGGACAGCCUAUGUACUUCGUGCCCACCGGGCAGAAAGCGCUUCCGCAGAACGCGAUCGAUGCGGGACAGCCGCUUAUCAAGCAGAACAAUGUCUACCAGAACGUUUGAGUGCUGUAUGGUUAUUUGGUUGAGUUAUUUCGUUGCUGUUUUUUUUUGCCUCUAACUUUAUUGACAGACGAAACUGUUAAUGGUUUAUCAUUCCUUGUUGCGUUAAUUGUUCUUCGUGCUUCAACUUUGCUGCUGCGGAAAAAAGCAAUCACUACGUAGUGUACUUACAUUAUUGUUGAGUUCUGUAGUUAGAACUUAGAAAGUGUACAAAGCCGGUAAAAAAGUUACUAAUUUACUACUAUGCGGUGCGUCGUGUGCAAAUUUUAAUUGUAAAAAUUAAUAAAAAACUUUUGCUAAGGAUUG